AUGCCGUUUUACGUUAAGGCUCGCGAUCGCAUGUUAAAAUGGUUGGAUGACUAUGCCGAGCAAAAAAUCAGCCUAGCCACAAAGGCGAUCUCAGAAUUCGUCUCAGCAAAAUUGAAGGGCAUCUGUAAGCACCCGACUGUGUUGACAUAUUCUUCGUCUUCCACCGUCGAGGCGUGCCUUUAUGCGGCCGCAAAUCAGGGCAUCGACUUUGACGUGGUCGUUGUGGAUUCGCAGCCACAGGGUUUUGAAAUGGCAAAGAAUCUCAUUGAAAAAGGUUUCAAAUGUGACUACGUACUGAUUGGUGGCAUCAUGCAUGUGCUAAGGGAGGUUUCCAUUGUUAUUUUGAGAGCAGACGGCAUCUUGGCCAAUGGCAGUGUUAUUGCCCCAUUUGGAAGCAGUCAAGUUGCACUGGUAGCUAGCAAACACAACAUUCCAGUCCUUGUAUUGUGUCAGACUUACAAAUUUUGUGAAAAGGUCUUGACGAGUCCGUUGGAAGCUAGUUGGACUGAUUGUGAAGUUAUGCCGGCCGAAUUUGUUACUGGUGUUGUUACCGAGAUUCGAAUGUUGCCAUGUAGUGCUGUCCCUGCCGUGCUAAGGAUAAGUCAGCCAACCUAA